AUGCCAUCAAUGCAGGACCGCCCCUCGGUCUUCACGCCUUCACGACAUUUGCAACCAUGGACGCAUGAUGACACUCCGCGCCGGCCUUCCAUGGUACAGACAGAGUCUUUGAGGCCAAUGGAGCCUGCCAGCAUGGGAAGUGCAUCGGGCCCGUACUUGCCCGCCAGGAUCAAUGAUUCAAAUCAGCCACGCCAACAACUUCCUGGUCUUCAAGAGCUCUUGAGUCCACCAUUAAGGACUGGUCCGCCAUCGUACACGCCCAAUUGGCCAUCGGUCAACAACUCACAGUCCAGCUGGUCGGACGCUCAUGGCUCUUCCUCUAGCCGUUCACACGGGCCACUACAAGUUUUGUCACUUCCAAUGAAUCCUACUCCACCGCCGUUCCAUCGCCUUUCUCUGGACGUCUCUACAGCUGAUCGCUUCUCUCAGCCUGCAUCGAAUGUUCCCCUUGGUGCCAGGCCUUCUUUACCCGCCCCUCCUCCCCCUCCUUCUCUCCGCAGAUUCUCGGACUUUCCAAGCCCGCACGGACCGGAGCCACCGUCUCAACCUACGCAAGGCGUGGAUGCUAUGGGGCCACCUCAGUCACAGGCAACUUCUCCCUACCAUGGAGACACCGAGGGCGAUAUAGCUAGACGUCUGAACGCAACUCAAGGGAUGCUAAAUGCACCCCCAGCCAGUAACUACAGCCUACAGUGCGUAGGUCAGCGGCAUAUCCCUGGAGAGGGCAUAUGCUACGUAUUCAAGGAUGGCAGUACUUGUCCAACCAUCAUCGACGGAGAACCAGUCAAUCCACUUUGGGGAACGACCAAGGCAGGCAAGGCUCGANAAAGACUUGCCCAAGCAUGCCUCCAGANNAAUUGCCGCGAAANNAAAAAGAUUAAAUGUGAGCCUGGCGAGAAGAGCUGCCUCCAAUGCGAAAAGGCCAAGCGAGAAUGCCACAGGUUUGCGUCUCCAAAACCAGUCGCCGACUGUCUACUAAGAAAUGAAAGCAGGCCACCAGCUCCUCAAUCACAAGUCGAACAUGUCAACAAUACGACGUUGGCUAUUCCUAAUCUCCCCCUGGGACGAGCUGAGUGGUCUAGUCAAUCUUCCGGCAGCAUCGUCAUGGCCGAAGUGCCAAAUCAGAAGCGUAGACGUUCAGCACAGGCAGCGCAACAAGACGUGUUGAAUCUACCACCGACAUGGAAUCGCGAGAAGUCACCGCAAAGUCUCAAAAGACGCAAGUCUGAUGGCUCUGCAUCCUCGCUUGAUGGACCUGAAAGACAGCGCAAGGACAGCAAAAGAGUUGACCUCGAGGACAUGAUCCAUCCUACCCCUCGACCCGAGAAGCUGGAGCCUUCUUCCUGGGACCAAGAUCCGUAUCUCUACGACCCUGAAGCAACUAUGCGCUUUCUUGAACUAUUCUUUGCGCAAUCCGCCCGCGAGGUAAGCAUAAUGUUCNCCCGCGGUGCCUUCACGCGCUGGGUACGACAAUGUCGCGAGAAGUGUCAACGAGAGUGCAUGGUACUAUAUGCCGUCCUUGCUUUGGGCUCCAUCUUUGCCGAGAACGAGUUUUCCUCCUUCGCCAAAACCUGUGCGGAUAGGGCUGGUCAGGCAGUAUCCCGUAUUGAUGGAAAGUUCAGCUUGGCUAUAGUCCAGGCUCGACUGCUUGUAGCGGGAUACAACCACCUUAUCGGCAGAGACAGUACGGGCUGGGAUUUGAGCGGCUCCGCUCUCAGAGUCAUCAGCGCAAUGCGUUUGAACAGCGAGGAGGGAUGUGGAGAAGACCUGGAUGAGUUCACGCGACGGUACUUCAAUUUUUCGCGUGAGCAACUCAAAGAGUGUCGCAGGCGGACUUUCUGGACUGCUUUCCUUGUGGAUGUGAGUUUUCAUGAAACCUCGAAACAAGCACAUACACUGAUACAUUCUAGCNGAUACCACGGAUUCUGUGGAGGAUUGCUUUGCGCCAUACAGCUUGAGGACAUUCAGCUUCGACUACCCUGCAACGAGCAGAUCUAUGAGGAAGGGCUAGCUUCGGAUGCACCACUAUUUGAUUGUUACCAACCAGGCAUGGGCCUGCAAUCAUUGGACCCAAAGUUGAGCACACCAAGUCCGGCGGCAUAUACCAUGAUCAUAGCUUCUCUCUGGACCGAUGUGACCAGACUCAUCUUCCGCCGACCUCGACAGACUGCAGAUUCGGGAUCUUACGUUAAAAGCCACGAAUCGUUACUGGGAGAUGUCCAGGCCAAGCUCUUCGAGUGGAGAACGUCACUACCGCCUUAUCUGCAAUACAGCCGACAAAGACUCGUUGAGGCUACCCAGCAUGGAUAUGCUGGCAGUCUCAUUGCCAUGCAUGUUUUGUAUCACAUCUCAGAGUUGAAGGCAGCACGGAAUGCGCACCAUGAGCUCUUGUCACCUCAUACGACCUUGCGGCAAAUUCGGCUCGCGCAUACAAAUGCCAUUCAGUUGCUCGAAAUGGUAUGUGACGUACGAAGCACGAAACCUCAUGGAUCAGGCAAAGGUCAAGAUCCGAUUAAUUUGCUGUCUCCUUUCUUUGCCUAUGGCAUAACUGCAGCUAUCGACACGCUCAGUGCUGGAGGCCUGAGGGAAGACUUUGGACACACCAUGAGGCUCGUCAACGACAGUAUAGCCACUCUACACGAUCUUGCACAAUUUUGUGCCAGCGCAAGAAUACAAGCCAAACAGACCAGCAGAAGGAUGGCACUUAUGGAGGUCCAGGCCGCCGAGAGCUUCGAGGCAACGGCCGUGAUAACAGCGCCCCGGGCAACCAAUGCUGGAGGAAACGAGAAUUGCUGGAGGAUCAGCGAACCAAUGGAGCAGGUUUUUACGUUGCAGCAAGAUGUGUGCUAUGGAACAUCUCCUGCCGUCUACUUCCGGGCGCUGAGAGAGGGUUUGUGA